CUUCGUUUAACGAAAAGGCAAUAGCGUAUCCUGUUGAAGAGAUAAAUUAACAGUAAACGAUUAAUUUUUACCAAGAAAAAACGUAAACGAUUAAUUAAAAGAAUACAAAAGUAAACGAUUCUACCAACUAGAUAGAAGAAGAGUUUAAUUAAAUGCUAAUAAUGAGACUGAGGCUUCUAAAUACUUAAUACUAGUACUGUAUAAAUAUAUUUCCACAAAAAAAUAAAAAAAAAAAAAACUCCAUAAGUCGGUUAUUUGUGCAGUGGGUUUGACUUUCUCGACAAGUGGAAUUUGAUUUGGUCAAGGUAAACGACGAUGCCAGAGGACAAUUCAUGUCGUUCACAAUCAGAAACUUUUUGCUUGCCAUCUCUGUACAAUAUGGAUUGUCAAUUUAAUUCAGUAAUUGGAUCCUUGACCUUGUGAUUACGUAAUAAUGUGUUUACAAUGAAAUUUCCUUGCAAGUUGCAACGUUUGUGUAUAUGUAUAUGAUGACUGGUCUCUAUCUUCUUCUGGGCUUUAAUUGAUAAAAUCAUUACUUCUCAAUCAAAGGAACAACCAACUUAAUGACAUGAAGAGGAAGGCAAUAUCGAAAGGUGUUAUCUUUUCGCUUUUGUUUGUGUAUUUGGUUGAAAUGAAGAUGGCACAACAAGAAACGAUACCAAUCUUAGUGAAAGUAGGAAUGGUUGUUGACUUGGAGAAAUGGGUAGGGAAAAUGGGAUUGAGUUGCAUAAAUAUGGCCCUCACAGACUUCUAUCAAACACAUACUCACUAUCGGACCAGGUUGAACAUCAUCGCCAGGGACUCCGCCGCAGAUGUUGUUGCUGCUGCUGCUGCAGCUUUGGACUUGAUAAAAAAUGAGCAAGUGCAAGCAAUCAUAGGGCCAACAACAUCAAUGCAAGCUAAUUUUGUAAUUGAUCUUGGAGGAAAAGCUCAUGUACCCAUCAUCUCAUAUUCUGCGACAAGUUCUUCUCUUACUUCCAUUAGAAGUCCAUAUUUUUUCAGAGCAACCCAAAGUGACUCGACCCAAGUCCAUGCCAUUACUGAAAUUGUUAAAUUAUUUGGAUGGAGACAAGCAGUGCCCAUCUACGUAGAUAAUGAGUAUGGUCAAGGAGUCAUACCUUAUUUAACCGAUGCUUUACAAGCAAUUGAUACCCGAAUCCCCUACCGCAGCACCAUUUCUCCGUCUGCCACCGAUGAUCAAAUCAUGGAAGAGCUUUACAAGUUGAUGACUAUGCAAACUAGAGUCUUUAUUGUGCAUAUGUCAUCCUCUAUUGGCUCUCGGUUUUUCACCAAAGUAAGAGAGAUUGGAAUGAUGAGUGAGGGCUAUGUUUGGAUCAUAACCGAUGGGAUGACUGGUCUCUUGAGUUCACUAAGUCCUUCGGUCAUUGAUUCAAUGCAAGGAGUAUUGGGUGUCAGACCUUUCAUUCCAAAGACUAAGGAGCUUGAAAAUUUUAGGGUUCGAUGGAAAAGGAAAUUCUUGCAAGAUAAUCCUGGCAUAGUUGAUGCUGAAUUGGACAUUUAUGGAUUAUGGGCUUAUGAUGCUGCCGUCGCAUUAGCCAAGGCAAUCGAGAAAGCUGGGACCUCAAAUUUUGGCUUCCAAAAGGCAAAUGUUACUAAAACUUCACUAACUGACCUUGCAACUCUUGGGGUAUCGCAAAAUGGUCCGAACCUUGUGCGGGCAUUAUCAGAUACUAGCUUUAAAGGUCUUACAGGAGAUUUCCUAUUUGUUAAUGGACAGCUACAAUCUUCAGCUUUCGAGAUAGUUAAUGUGAUUGGUAAUGGACCAAGAGGAAUUGGAUAUUGGACACCUAAAAACGGACUAUUCAAGAAUUUGGGCCUAGGAAUAAAUGCAAUAAGUUCGAAUUCUACUUCCAAGCUCAGUCUUGCACCUGUUAUAUGGCCAGGGGAUUCAACUUCUAUUCCUAAGGGAUGGCAGAUUCCAACAAAUGGGAAGAAGCUACGAAUCGGAGUGCCAGUGAAGGAUGGUUUCAGUGAAUUUGUAAAGGUGACAAGAGAUCCUUAUACUAACACCACAACAGUAACAGGCUACUGUAUAGAUGUUUUUGAGGCUAUGGUAAAAGCCUUACCUUAUGCUUUAAUUUUCGAAUAUAUACCCUUUGCCAGGUCAGAUGGUAGCAGUGCAGGAACUUACGAUGAUCUGGUCUAUCAAGUGCACUUAGGGAAUUUUGAUGCUGCAGUAGGAGAUACAACCAUUGUGUAUAAUAGGUCUCUACAUGCUGACUUCACAUUGCCAUAUACAGAAUCAGGAGUAUACAUGGUAGUACCAACCAUAGACAACAGGAAUAAAAAUGCUUGGGUUUUUGUUAAGCCUUUGACAUGGGAUCUUUGGGCAACAAGCUUUUGUUUCCUUUUGUUUAUUGGAUUUGUUGUCUGGAUUCUUGAACAUAGAAUAAAUAAAGAAUUCCGAGGUCCUCCUUCUCAUCAACUUAGCACUAGCUUAUACUUUUCCUUCUCGACCAUGUUUUCUGCUCACAGGGAAGGAGUGGUUAGUAACUUGGGUAGGUUAGUGAUAAUCGUAUGGUGCUUUGUUGUAUUGAUUCUGAUACAAAGUUACACUGCCAGCUUAACAAGUCUUCUAACAAUACAGCAGCUCCUGCCAACCUAUACUGAUGUAAAACAACUGAUAAAAAAUGGGGAGAAUGUAGGCUACAAGAGAGGUUCUUUUGUUCCGGAAAUCUUGAAAAAUCUUGGCUUUGAUGAAGCCAAGCUCAUAAUUUAUGAUUCUGUUGAAGAAUGUGAUGAUCUGUUCUUCAAGGGAAGUAGAAAUGGUGGCAUUGCUGCUGCUUUCGACGAAAUUCCAUAUAUGAAGCUCCUCCUGGCAAAGUAUGGCUCUAAGUAUACUAUGGCUGCACCUAUAUUGAAGACAGACGGCUUUGGAUUUGCCUUCCCUAGAGGGUCUCCUCUAGUUCCUGAUGUAUCAAGAGCAAUUCUAAACGUGACUGAAGGACAUAAAAUGAGGGAAAUAGAGGGAGCAUGGUUUGGCAUCCAAGACAGUUAUCAAGAUCUUAGCACAUCAGUUUCUUCUAAUCGGUUAAGUCUUAGAAGUUUCUGGGGCCUAUUCAUGAUUGCAGGAAUAGUUGCAAUUCUAUCUCUUAUUACCUACGUAGCUAUGUUCGUCUAUGAACACAGGCCAAGCGAUUCAAAGGGCUCAAUAUGGAGCAAAAUUAUGUAUCUGUUAAGCAUUUUCGAUCAAAAGGACAUGGAAUCCCAUACUUUCAAGAGAAGUGAUUGUAAUGGCACUAAUCCUCCCAGUUCCAACAUGGAACUGCCACGCUCUACCCCAUUAUCAAUCUACUUGCCAGAAGAACGAGGGACAUCAUCUGGGGAACAAAGUGAUGCGGAUUCAACAUCAACAGUAUAAAAUAUAGUGGUUUUAUCGAGCAGCUGUAAUGUAAGAGUAGGAUUACAGAAUUAGAACAACGUAAGUAACUUUUAGCCACCUGAUACCAUCAUCAAGCAGCUAUUUUUAUGAUGAAAGAUAUUGGCUUUGGACUUUUUGCUGUAAUAUUUUAGAACCCGGUAGAUCUCUAUUUUUGUUUUCUAUGUAUAUGGAAAGUGAUAACGAAAAAGUAAUGUAGAGUCCUUU